GAAUUCAACAAGUUUGUACUGUGUUGUGCUCACUCAUCUUCUUUUCCAUAAGUCUUCAUAUUCGACAUCAAGGAUUGGAGAUUUCGUGGAAAAUUUGCAUUAAGACCAGCCCUAUUACGAUAUGGUCUGAAUUUCAUUCCUCUGGAUACUUUGAAUUGAUAGUUUGACAGAGUAGGAGGAAAGAUGUGUACCUAUGUGAAAUGAAGUCCUUUGGUUCCAAACUGUUUCGUCUGGUGUGAACAAUCUAAGCCAUCAGAAUGGGAGGGGUGAAUAGCAUGUGUAUCCCACGCAAUAACCCGAGUUACUGCCAUGAAAAUCACAUGACCCCACGCAAGAUUAAGGGACACAAACGGAACCUUAGUGCGACAUUUAAUAUGGUCACAGAUGCGGACUCGGUUGAUACUGUCGUUGAUUUGCUGAAUAUCAACCUUGCCUCUGAAGAAGAGUUGAUGACCUUGCCGGGAAUAAAUCGCAAUGUUGCAAAGGAAAUUGUGGCGUACCGCAAACAAAUUGACGGGUUUAAAAAAGUGGAGGAUUUGGCGUUGGUGUCUGGUGUCGGUGCCGCAAAAUUAGGAGUCAUACGACAAGAGAUUUGCGUGAAACGGAACCAAGGUUCGCUGAGCACAACACCUUCGAGUAGCCAUCUUGAUCUUCCAGCCAAUCAAAGUGAAAGGUUGUUUGUGAAUAACCGUCUAAAACCAAGUAAUACUUCAGUGCGUCCGAAACCUUCGAUAAACGAUUCAAACAUCUUCCAGUUGAUGAAGGUAAAAGGAUUGAACCAGGUGUUGGCGGAGAAUAUUGUGUCAUAUCGUGACAAAAAAGGCCGGUUUCGCGGCAUGGAUGAUUUAGUAAAGGUCAAGGGCAUUCAUCCCGCUUUACUUGCUGCAUUUAGACAUCGUGUCCUGUUGAACGCUGAAAAGCCCCCUCCGCGCGGGAACGGAUUCCUGCUACAACAAAGCGCUGGGCCGGGUGUCGAAUCCGACCGCAGCAGCGAUAGCAAAUCAUUGAAAAGUACAGAGACUACGUCCUUAUUGGGUGGGAUGAACCUUUCUGCCUCGCAAGUAGAUAUUCUCUCUCAGUUUGAACCGUUGAAAACAAAACAUGUUCGUCCUGUCUGCAAGUCAUUUAACUUUCGGAGGGAUGAUAUCAGUGCAUUUCGUGUUGGGUCUUGGAACGUUGAGAGAUUCAAUUUGGCCAAGGCAUGCAAUCCUGGCUGUUUGGAAGUAGUGUGUAUGACGGUGCUUGAAAAUGGGUUGAGUUUAGUUGCAUUUCAAGAAUUAGCGGACAAAGAAGCUUUAGAAAAGGUUUGUGCCGAAUUGAAUCAUCCCAGUCUUCCAAAGAUGAAGAGGUGGUCGGGACAUCGAGGUUCAUGGAAGUGUGCGGUGUCUGACGCUACAGGAAGGAUGUACCAGGGCAAUGAAUACAAUGGCUUCCUCUACGACACCAGCAAUGGCUUGGAGCUCUUCAGUGCUGAACUCAUCCAAAAAGCUUCCAGUAAGAGUGAGAGGUACUUCGUGCGGCGGCCGUACAUGGGGUUCUUUAAGAUUGAUAAUUUCGAUUUUGUGCUAGCCAGCGUUCACCUCAAGGCUUCUGGUCAGAGGAGCGAGCACAUGGAUGACCUGCAGAAGGAGAUCCUGGCGAUACCCUCGUUAGUUGAGGCAGUACAGGAUCACAUCAUCAGCGAGAAGGAUAUCAUAUUGGUGGGGGAUUUCAAUUUGGAGUCUCAAUCGGAAGAUUUCAAUGAUCUCCGAGAUGCUGGUUAUGUCAAUGUGCUAGACGAUGAGAAUACGAAUAUCAGCGAGGUGAACCUCAAGGGCAAUAGGCAAUAUGACCAUAUCUGGGUCAACAAGCAGACUAGGAGGGUGUACACCAAAAACAGCCAUGUCGUCCGAGAAGGCCUCUCGCAUCCGUUCAUCCCCGAUGGCCGCUGGGGCUGGGGUGGCCUCGUGAGCGACCAUUGUCCAAUCUGGGCCGAGUUCUACACCAAUAAGGACUAUGAUCGGAAAAAUUACGACAUAGACUUGAACAAUAUCCUGCUAAAACCGAGUGAGAGCAGUUUAUGACUAGCAAAGCAGCGAGGAAGAACGCUGGAAACUUCCUCGACAGAUUCUUUGCCCAGGUUUACCAGAACUGUAAUAGGAACGUAAUAGGCUUGUCAAAGUCUAAAUAGCGCUCUGCACGCAAGUGAAAAAUAGUCCAGAAAAUACGUUAUGACUGCGAAAAUGGCGUGGAGACUACGACAAGGGUCCUGUCUCUGCCGCACCGUGCAUAAUUUUAUCUGAGAUCCAAGUAACCAGUGACUGUUACUUCAUGAGUGUGGAUCGCUAUUGUCAGGGUUUAGAUAUUUUGGCAAGGACAUUGUGGACUCAAAGGACAUGUUUUUAUUAGGAUUUCAGAAAUUCUUCAGUUAACAGCAUUUUGACAUCUGAUUUUGAUCCAAUCUUUGAUUUGAUUUUGAUGUCUCUGUCCAACACGUACAGAGGAUAAUUGCUAAUUUUCGCCCAAUCAGUUUUGUUGCCAUUUUAUACAAAUAAUGCAUGUUUUGUUUAUUUUGAGAGCAAUAUGUCUAACAUUGUGAUAAUGUUUACAAUUAUUUCAAAAUGCUCAAUUUUCAAAAGGAUAUGGUCAAUUUUCUAUUCGUUUGUUUCAUAGUUUGACUUUCUGUAAAAGUUGUGUACAGAUAUGUAAUUUAAGACGCGGUAAUUCAUUGUGGAUUUGAUAGAAGAAGUGAAUCACAUUACCAAGAAAACAAAGAGUAAUCUUUAUUUAUUCUUGGCAUUAUGAAUAAGCCUCAGUUUCAUGUACAUGUGCUCUAUUGAUUAUAUGCCUGCAUCCUUUUCUUCCGUUGCAACUUUCCAAUACAUGUACUUGGAAGAGUUUUCAGAUCUUUUUUCUUAUAUCUCUCGGGUAUUUCGCUAUUUCAAUUAGAUUAUUACACUUUUCAGUCCACAAGUUGUAGCUUAAUGAUGAUCAAGUUGCAUCAAAGGUAUCGUCUCAUUGUUUGGUAACAGGGACGCCCACAAGUUUUUCUUGAGCAGAUUCUUUCCUUAAGCUGAUGAAGGUUUUUUACUCCAAGAGCAAGAAUCUGCCUUAGAAGGAUUUGAUGGCCGCCUUUUAAACUGAUUCAGAAGUAUCAGCGAGCAACAGGAGGUAUCAAAUCACCCCUGUGUGUUAAAGUUUCUUGGUUGGUUGCGUGUGAAAGCUUGACCAAAAUCAAAGAAAAUUAUCUAUGCAGCCUGCUCUAGAAGAUAGGCGUGUAUGUAUCUGGCAUAAUAUCCUUAACAAUUGUAUCAUGCUAAGAUUUAAGAAGUAGAAAUCUUCCAAUGAAGGUACUUAUUUCUUUCCAGGUGCUUCUCCUGAUUAAGUCGUGUAGAUUCAGGGGCUUCCAAGCAUUUCUACAAACUAAACAUUUGCAACUUCUGCUGCAAAUUGGAGCUAUUUCAAUUGGUAUUAUUAGUGCAAUUGUGUAAAGUGUGUUUCUGAAGGUUCUUCUUUGUAAAUGCCUCGUGUUUUUUUGCGUACAUUUUAAGUAAGUUGCAAGUUUUGUAAUUGAUGUGUACAUAAUCUUUAAAGGGAAGCUAUGGGCAGAAUCCAGGUAGGCCAGAUUAGGUUAUACCAUGUUGCCAAUAGGGGUCCCUCCGGUCUCAUACUAUAUCAAAAGUGUUCAGGCCUGUACAUGUUAUAUGAGGAAUAUCAAUAUCAAAGAAUCAAACAGAUUACCAAUUCCCCAACUGUGCAAGCUAGACACAUGAAGACAACCAGCUUGACCUCCAGUUCCCAAACUGUGCAAGCAAGACGCAUGAAGACAACCAGCUUGACCUCCAGUUACCAAACUGUGCAGGCAAGACGCAUGAAGACUACCAGCUUGACCUCCAGUUCCCAAACUGUGCAGGCAAGACACAUGAAGACCACCAGCUUGACCUCAAGUUCCCCUUUGAAAUGGUGUAUUUCGUUCAAUACUCCAAUUCUGUCCAGUUCAAGUGAUAAUUAUCAAUCUAAUUGAUUGACUAUGCAAAUAAUUCUGUCCGAUUUCCACCAAGUGUCUUCUAAUCUCAGGCUUCUCUCAAUAUUUUUCGAUCAAAAACAUAUUUUUGAUUAGUGUUAGUGUGCUGGGCUUGUUUAUCUUAUUCUAUUAGUUCUUUGUUCCCAAUGAGGGCUUCGUCACUAGUUUGGGAGUAUCGGCAAAAUAACCUACCUUAUUUGAAAGGAACCACAAUAGAUUGGUUCGGUACUGAAAUGUAAAUUAUGGACUGUUAAUCUCGGCUUCUGUGAAUUCAAGUUAAUACUCUGUAAAAAAAUGUAAAUGCAAAACCUCGCAUGUAAUCUUGUAAAUUUAUCUAUCUUUCAUACUCUGUAAAAAGUUAGAGUGCAUAAUGUUAAUGAACUGGAAUAUUUUUCAUUUGUAUGUUACAUGUAUCAACAGUUGUUGAUACCAUGUAGUUAUGUAAAUGUAAGUAGGAUUAUAACAUAUUUCAUAAUGUAUUUAUGGUGAAUUGCCUUGAAACUCACACGAUUAUAGGAACCUGUUUAUAAAUUUGAGUCGAGGUCAUUAGUUUUAAGAUGUUAGAAAUAUGCAUGUCACCCAUCUUUCGAAGUAGGUUACUUCAAUCAGUUUUAUCAAAUCGGCAGACUUCAUUGGUUCAUUUCAAUUCAAGUUGAUUGCUAAAGGUACAAUGACUCUGUAUGUCGAUGUACAGGGUCAAGUGUCUCCUUGGGUUGGAGUUCAGUAUGUAUUUUUCACUGUAAAUUUUACACAUUUGAUUUUGGAGCGUUUAGGCAAAAAGCAAUAUGUACAAUUAUACCACUGUUUCAUGCUGUUAUCUAAUAUCAUUGUAAAUUAAAAUAUGGUGCUUUAUAA